UCCACCAAUGAGAGCGCUCGCUUAAAUAAGCUAGGGAAAGCUUCAAAUUGUCAACGUAAAGAGAGGCCUCUCACAGAUGAAGUACUGCCACUAUCUACUUCUAUCUGCCACCUCAACGUGCAAAAACAGGUCCAAGCCCAGAUCUGAUCGGACAACCCAGUUCAAUCCUGCAUCAAAAUUCCGAAACUAUGGAACUCAAAGUAUACAGCAUUUGGCCCGGGUGCCUCCGGGUUUAAUGCUGAGUGCUGAGCAGCUAGUCGUCACACAACAUGUCCUCUAGUCUUCCAACGUUCCACCAGUCAGGUAGACCUAGCCCACCUCAGCCCCAUGUCCGCCGAUGGAGUUCAAGCACAGAGAUACACAGGCAACAGAGAUACUAUCCCGAGAAACACUAGGGAUUACAACAUCCCGCCAAUGAUCACGGAUCCUAUCAAGAGACCAGUUCCUCCUGCAUGGGAAGUGCAUGUUCAUCCUGAAGGCUGCCUCUACUACUGUUAUGAGAGCGUGGUGGAUUUUGACGAGUAUUCACGGAAAAUUCGCGUUAUGACUCAGGCAGAUCUCGCUCGUAACGGGGUUGCUGAGACAAUCGAGAACCUGGCAAAGCUUGCCUAUGACCGUGCUUGUCACUAUUCUUCUUUUCCGGUGAACGUGGACCUCGUUGUGGAACUUAUGGAUGAGGGGGAAACCAUUACAGGAGGGUAUUACUUCGUGCACCGCGAUAAUAGAUGUCUAUUCUGGCUGCAGAACUUCGAUGCCACUGUCAUCUUGCGGGAAUGUAGUGGGGUCACUGAACUUUCUCAUAAGCGAAUCGAGUUGGAGGCCCAGUACUGGAAGCACAUCGAUCUGUUUCCUCACGCAAGUGCUCUCGACUCUCAGGUCCUUCGAGAAUUGCAGCAGAUAAUCCGUUUUGCGAUAAGUGAUUGCAUGACCUCUGAGGUGUCGGCGGUUUGUGCUUUGAGCAUGGAUGUCCUCAAGAAUACUCUGGACCUAAUCAAAGAUGUGGACGUGGAGGACAAUUGCAUUCAAUCGGCAUAUGAUAAAUGUUUCAUUGCCAGGAUGAUGAAUCAUUUUAAACACUGUCAAUACCUCAAUUACUAUGGGCAGAAGGGUGCGCGGCUCUCUCGUGACCAGACUGUACACGGCGACACCUACGAGCAGCGUUCCAUUAUGAUAACAUGUCUUGCACCCUUGCUCUUCAAUGCCCCCUACGAGCACGUCUACUCUCUUCACAAACUCUACGUUGACUCUAUUGUCAAUUACAUCGACUGGCGCACCUUCGUUCAGAAGCUGAAUGCUGAGAUGCAGGAUUUCAAUUUGCUCGCGACGGUGCUCUUGAGUGUGAAUGUUGGGUUUUUGGGGAUUAAGGACGUCGAUAGUGGUGCCGGAUCUUCCUUGUCACAGGUCGCGAGCUAUGUGUCUGUGAUAUCAAGCUUUGGGAGCAUGCUACUCGGUGUGAAGCUCGCGAGACAAAGCUACGCUCAAGGUCCAGAUAUGGUUGAUAACGCGGUGCGUCUUUUGAACGAGUAACUUAGUUGCCGUCUUCAACAAUGAAUUCAAUUUAGCAAGCGCACCUGGAGAGUUUAGUGCACCCCAAGCAUGGCCUCGAAACGCUUGCAAUCAUAUACAGCCUUCCGUACGCGCUACUUAUGUGGGGUAUGAUAUUUUUCGUGCUCGCUUUUUUCACUGAAUGUUUCAGUC